UUAACUUUUAGGUUAGGAUAAAUGUCCAGUUUUUAUAAAUUAUUCUGCUUGGUGUGUUUGCUAUAAGUGGUGAGAAUGACUGAAGACAAAUUAAAAAUCGGUCCCAAAGAAAAUAUCACUUAUCCGAUUCAAGUUGUAUAUUGCGGUAAUUGUACAAUGCCAAUUGAAUAUUGCGAAUAUUAUCCAGAAUACGAAAAAUGCAUACAAUGGCUCGAGCGCAAUUUGCCGUCUGAAUUUGAAAAGGUAAAAAUUGGUGAAGAUACUCCAAUCGAGGAAGAAAAAAAGCGGCAAAAGCGGGGUGGAAAAGGGAUGAUCAAAACUAAAAAGAAGGAAGAAGGACCUAAGCAAGUUUGCGUGUCUCGGGCCCCACGAGGGAAGAAGAAGUCUGUAACAGUAGUCACUGGGCUGAGUAGCUUUGAUAUUGAUUUGAAAGUUGCCGCAAAAUUUUUUGGUACAAAGUUUGCAUGUGGAUCAUCAGUAACAGGGGAAGAUGAAAUUGUAAUCCAGGGUGAUGUUAAGGAUGAUUUAUUUGAUGUUAUUCCAGAGAAAUGGCCAGAAAUUGAUGAGGAUUUAAUUGAAGAUUUAGGAGACCAAAAAAGAUAAAUAAUUUAUUAUUAUUGUAAAUUAUAAUAACUGUUCUUUUAUUUGUAGCAAUUAAAAUUUGUUUAUUCCAGUU